UUCUCACACACACAAUAAUCUCUUUCUCUCCCUACAAAAUCAAUCUCUUUCUAAAAAACUCAAAUCCAUUCAAUGGCGCCAAAAGCAGAGAAGAAGCCAGCUGAAAAGAAGCCCGCGGAGGAAAAGAAAGCCGCCGUCGCUGAAAAAGCCCCUGCCGAGAAAAAGCCAAAGGCUGGGAAGAAGCUUCCCAAGGAAGCCGGCGCCGGUGCCGCUGAUAAGAAGAAGAAGAGAAGCAAGAAGAACGUGGAGACGUACAAGAUCUACAUCUUUAAGGUUUUAAAGCAAGUUCAUCCUGAUAUCGGGAUCUCAAGCAAGGCCAUGGGGAUUAUGAAUUCCUUCAUUAACGACAUCUUCGAGAAGCUUGCUUCAGAAUCAUCGAAGCUUGCGAGGUACAACAAGAAGCCGACGAUUACAUCAAGGGAGAUUCAGACGGCGGUCAGAUUGGUUUUGCCAGGGGAGUUGGCAAAGCAUGCUGUAUCGGAAGGGACGAAGGCUGUGACAAAAUUUACCAGUUCUUAGAUUUGGGGUUUAGGGUUUAUGUUGAUGUUGGUUUAUUGUAAAUUUAUUAUCUUUCUCGAUGAAUUAUAUGGGUAUCAAAUGAAAUUGAGUUGGUGAUA